AUGCAGCCUUCCACGAUCUUCGCCAUCCUGGCCUCUGCCGCUAUGGCCACUGCCCUUCCCAACUACGGCGGUAGCGGUCAGACCCACACCGUCACCGUCACCACCACCGCGGCUGCGGCCGCCUCUACCUCCAACUCCGUCUGCAGCAACAACCAGAAGCUCGCUUGCUGCAACAGCCCGGCGGGUGUCUCUGUCCUUGGUGGUGCAUGCACCUUGGCCAUCCUGAGCAACAUCUGCGCCGCUGGCUCCACCCAGUGCUGCGAGGCCGACCAAAACGGUCUGAUCAACGUCAACGCUCAGUGCAUUCCAAUCUCGCUCUAA